CGAUCCCUCAUGAACAACAGUGGAUUUCACCAUGUGCUCCAACAGUUUCAGCGCAGGCCAUGGGCGGCUUCCGAAGGCCUGGAUGAAGCGGCCCAACGGUUGCGGCCCAAUUGCACGUGAUCACAUGGCUCAGCCGCAAGAAACUCAGACCGCAAUCGACAGUCUAGGAGACGACGAACGCCUAUAGCCCUCCCCAAUUGUUGAAACGUUCACGAUGGACCCGUUGAGCAUUACAGCUGCGAUCGUGGGCAUUACUGCUCCGACAGUACACUGUAUACGCCUUCUCUCGGAGGACAUCCAGAAGAUCGUCGACGCGCCCGAAACCCUCAAGUCACUCAGGAAUGAUCUGCUCUCCGUGGACCAGGCCCUUGCUUCACUUCACACUGUAUCCGAUGAGCAAUGGAGAUCCCUUGGUGAGACUGUGGUCAGCCAGUCGAAAGCUGCGACUGCCUCAUGCGCAGAGUCAUGCGACAGGUUCAGGACCGCCCUCAGUCGCUGGACCCGGCACAGCGAGGAUGGGAAGCUCUCUUUGCGGGAUCGCACAAUGGUUGGCUUCUUCAAACAGGGCUACGUAAAGUCCAUGUCGGAGCAGCUCCACCACUGCAAGAUCACUCUCAGUUCAGUCGUCUGCAUCGCGACCUUACAUAGCUCCCUUCAACAGACGCAAAUAACCAAAGAGGUGAUGACGAAGAUAUCACGGAAGGAGGCCGAAAUCGCAAAGUCCAUUACAGCGACAGACAAGCAGCUGGCUGAGGCAAAUGCCAAGCUCGGAGCACUUUGCCUCGCUAAACAAGCGCAGGACGAGACGGAAGCCGACCGAGCUAGUGCGAUCAGCCAGGUAGCUGUCGAGCAGACUGUUUUAAGGGAAUCGCGCACAUUGCUCGACGAACUACUCUCAGGUAUCCAUACCGCAGCUGCGAAUGCCCGGAAAGACCAGGCUCAGGUGGUCAACAACUUUGGAAGCCAGAAUGGAGGCAUGCAGAUCGGAGUCCUCAAUGGGACGAUGAGUGGCAUUACAUUUGGGAAGAAAUAGCUGAUGCCAGUGUCUUCUGCUAGCGUCUCUGGGCCCGGAUGACUCUCCGAUGAUCAGCGGGCCGGCCUCUGCCCACAACCUUAAUGUCUAUCUCGUGGCUUUGCUAGUCGUCGGUGCGGACGAAGCGACAUAAAAUCGCAGUUAAAUCGUUAGUCGUGCCGGACGGCUGGUAAAGUGUGGCGGCUACUGAUCGAGGCUUUGGGUUGGGGACGGAUGUCGUGGAAGAGAAGUUCAGAACGGUCGCGGGAAUGGUGUAACCGCCAUAUCGUGGUACCGUGACCUCUGUAUUCCCGGUCGGAGUAAGAAUAGCAGUUACUAAAGCGUCAGGAAUGUAUGGCAAAUUGGGAGACCAGAACACCGUGAUGGGCGAUGAAGUUCGAAUGUGGGGUCGAGCAGCUGAGUCCAGGGCGGCUAUUCUUCGGCUAAAACGUCGAUCUGACGCAGCCGUCUCUGGCCAGCUUCAGUCUCGUCGGCACAAGGAUUCGCAU